UGGGAUUGCCCCCCCCGGAGCCGGGAGCCGCCAGCAUGGGCCCUGCCGAGGAACUGGUCCGGAUCGCCAAGAAACUGGAUAAGAUGGUGGCCAGGAAGAGCACGGAAGGGGCUCUGGAUCUGCUCAAGUCCCUCACCAACUACACCAUGACCAUCCAGCUGCUCCAGACCACGCGGAUCGGGGUGGCUGUGAACUCGGUGCGGAAGCACUGCUCGGAUGGAGAGGUGGUGGCCUCGGCCAAGAUCCUCAUCAAGAACUGGAAGCGGCUGCUGGAGCCCUCCACCACCCCCAAGAAGGAGAAGGACACGGAUGGGGAGAAGGAGAAGAAGGGGCUGGAUUUGCCCGGCUGCCCCAGUGAAGGGGUGAAGCACCCCAAGACCCCAUCAGAGAAGCACAAGGAGAAGCACAAGGAGAGGAAGCCCAGCAAGUCCAGCUCUUGUGCCAGCAUCCCUCAGGGCCAUUCUGCUGAUGCCAGCCUGGACAGAAAGGCCAAUGAUGGCCGGAGCCCCACUGCAUCCUCCAAGAAGUCACCUCUGGACAGCAAGAAGGAGAGGAGAGACUCUGCUGACUCAAGGUCCUCCACCUCGGCCUCCUCCUCCUCUUCCUCCUCACAGAAGAGGCUGUCAGGGGAGAGGAGAGCCUCUGUGGGCAGCAGCCCUUCCCCAGCUCCCACUGGCUCCCGGAGCAGCUCCACUGACAGCAAGGAGGAAAGAGCCAACAGCAGCAAGGCCAAAGCAGAGACCCCACGGACCCCCAGCAGCCCCUUCUCGCCCAGCCCCUGCCUCCUGGCCCCCUGUUACCUCACAGGGGACUCGGUGCGGGACAAGUGCAUCGAGAUGCUGACGGCCGCGCUCCGCAUGGAUGAUGACUACAAGGAGUUUGGUGUCAACUGCGAGAAGAUGGCAUCGGAGAUCGAAGACCAUAUCUUCCAGGAGCUGAAGAGCACGGACAUGAAGUACCGCAACCGAGUGCGGAGCAGGAUCAGCAACCUGAAGGACCCCAAGAACCCCAGCCUGCGGAGGAACGUGCUGUGCGGGGCCAUCCUGCCCAGCCUCAUCGCCCGCAUGACGGCCGAGGAGAUGGCCAGCGAUGAGCUGAAGGAGCUGCGGAAUGCCAUGACCCAGGAGGCCAUCCGGGAGCACCAGAUGGCCAAGACGGGCGGCACCGUCACCGACCUCUUCCAGUGCGGCAAGUGCAAGAAGAAGAACUGCACAUACAACCAGGUGCAGACACGCAGCGCUGACGAGCCCAUGACCACGUUUGUGCUGUGCAACGAGUGCGGGAACCGCUGGAAGUUCUGCUGAUGGUACCUGGCGAUGGGGCUGGAGGGAUGCAGUGUGAGACAAGGAUGCUGUGACAGCCACGUCGGGGUGCGGAGGAAGGUGAUGCGGUGGCUCCGGUCCCUAUGCCCCAGCUCCCUGUUUCCUUGCACCCCAGGAAGCUGGGCUCUGGCAACAGAUGGGUUUGCUUGGGAAGACCCUGGUGAAUCCAAGUGGUUCAUCCAUUUGCUUGGGGUGAGCUGGGAGACCGCUGCCAACAGUCUCAUCCUCAGUAAGGAAGACUGGUCUGUGUACAUACAGGAGGGACAUUCCUUAUGGAUGUGGGGUUGUGCCACUGGCCUGGGAAACCAGGAGUGGGAAAUGGCCAGGUUUUAACCCAAAUACCUUCUUCCUCCACAGUGGGAGGACACAGAGGGAGAUGGGGUGGUUGUAGGGUGCCCGGAUGCUGGUGGGAUGUCACCAUGUCCCUGCGCUCUGUGACGCAUGGACCAUCCAUCCUGUUUUAAGGGCACUAAAAGGAGGAAGAAAGAAGGGAUGUGGGGGGCAAGAGGAGUGGGGCAAAACCCUCCAGCUAAAGCAAUAAAGGUGUGAACUGUC